UAAAUAUAUAAAAUAAUUAAUCAUGUCUUCAGAUUAUGUAUAAAUUCCCAAUCUCAUUUUAGUCAACUGUAAAAGAAGUCAUCCUCUAAAUGUUGGCAAGUCCUGCAUGGAAAAAUCAAUAUAAUUCUUUUGUUGAGGAGUAUUGCAUAUAUUUUGAUGAUGAUGAAGAAAAUUCAAUACAAUAAAAUAAUCUCUUCAAGUAAUUUCAAACUGAAAUGGCAGCUGUCUAUGACUCUUUUUUCAGUUCUCUAGGCUUAGAUAAUUCUGAUGAAUUACAAAUAUAGGUAACUAUUCCUUUAAUAAAUACCUUUCAAAGAUUAUCAAAGAAAUUCUUAAUAGUGAAGGUGAUGAAGAAAUUGAUAUCCAAUAAUUAUUAGCUUUAGGAGAUUUUUAAGUUUUCAAAGCAGAAAUGUCCUUUUAAAAUAAACGAAGAGAAUUAGAUGCAUAUCAAUAAUUAGUUGAUGAUGAAGAAGAUGAAUUAGAAUAAUAAGAAAAUGAAAAUGAAGAUGAUGACCCUGAAGCAGAAUAAAAUUAAAAGAUGCAGAUUCUUAAAAUCAAAUUGGAGUAUGAAUAACUUCAAGAAGAACUUGAGUUGAAAUAGGCUAUGUAAAUCUCUCUUGAUACUCCCAGUAUAUCUAUUUAUCAUUAUUCUUAGAUUAAAAGAAAUUAGACUAAAUUUCUCAAUUACUUGAAGUAGUAUAAGCUAGAUUAGAAAUUCUCGAAGCAGAAGGAAUGUAGUAAAAUCAAUAAAUGGCUUAAAAUAAUGAUAGAAAAACUAAAUUACUUGCUCAACUCAAUAACCUACCCCUCAUUGAUUUAACUAAAGAGCAAGAAAUAUUUACAAAAAUUAAAUUAGAUUUUGCCAAAAUAUGAAAAUCCAC